AUGGAGCUUCACAUUUGGGUUCAAUCUCUCAUUCACGCCACAUCAUCAGGCUUUCAUUUCACAUUUAGCUUCACUUCAGUAUAGAGGUGUGAGUAAUGAUUUACUUUAGGCAUUGUUGAUAAAUAAAAUAAACCAUAAUUUUUCUUUACAUAAUAAAACUGUUAAUCAAAUAGGAACCUUUAUAAACAAAUCGACGUCGGUGACGUCUUAUUUUCCACACGUAUUUUGAGAACACCGUAUGGCCUAAGCAUGAGUCAACCAGAACCAACCGUAAAACAGGUGAUGUCGGGUGAUUCCAUCAUCAUCCGUGGAAGACCCAGUGGAAAGCCACCUCCAGAAACCACACUCAACUUCUCAAACAUCACUGCACCAAAAUUGGCAAAACGCCCUCCUGGCAACACUGGAGAAGAAAGUAAGGACGAGCCCUGGGCCUGGGAGGCUCGAGAAUUCCUUCGCAAAAGACUCGUUGGCAAAAGAAUUGGAUCCGAUUUAACUUAUGUUACUGAAAAAGUCAACGAAAGGGAAUAUUACGUCUUGUAUAUUGGGAAAGAUUCAAGUGGAGAAUGUUUGAACAAACUGUUGGUGAAAGAAGGUCUGGUUUCAUUGCGACCUUCAGCCCCAGCUGCUUAUAAGGAAUUGGAAGAACAAGCCAAAACAGCUGGCAAGGGAAGGUUCAGCAAGAACACACCAUUGGUAAGAGAAGUGAAAUGGGUUCCCACACCAGCAUCGAUGCAACAACUAGUGGACCAUUUCCAAAAGAAACCAAUCAAAACGGUGAUUGAAAACGUGAGAGAUGGCUCAACAGUUCGGUGCUUCGUUACAAUGGAAGACAAGACGUAUCACGUGACUCUUUUGAUAGCUGGUAUCAGAUGCCCCGGCUUCAGACCAGACGGGGAGGCCAGCGACCCCCCUCCCUUCGCCCACGAAGCCAAAUACUUCGUCGAGAUCAGGCUGUUGCAAAUGGACGUCGAAAUCACUUUGGAAGCUGUACAGAACAACAACAUUAUUGGCAACAUCUACCAUCCGAAAGGAAACAUAGCAGAGCGUCUAGUAGAAGAAGGAUACGCGAAAUGUUUCGACCACACGAUACAGUACACAAAGAACAUUGAAGAACUCAGAAAAUUGGAGAGACAAGCGAAAAAUAAGGGAUUGAGAUUAUGGAAGAAUUGGCAGCCAUCUGGUCCAACAAUAGCUGAUGCUGACAAGGGAUUUACUGGCACAGUGAUUGAAAUUAUCAACGGAGAUGGAAUGAAAGUUAAAUUAGCCAAUGGAACCACUAAGAAAAUAUUCUUAUCCAGUAUCAGACCUCCAAGAAUGCCUGAAGGAGAGAAUAAGGAUGGUACAGCUCCACCGAAGAAGUCGAUACGACCACUCUACGAUAUUCCAUGGAUGUUUGAAGCGAGAGAAUUCUUGAGAAAAAAGCUGAUCAGGAAAAAGGUGAACGUGACCGUCGAUUACAUCCAGCCAGCCCGUGAUGAUCUGCCAGCCAAGACUUGCUGCACUGUUAUGGUUGGACAAACAAAUGUUGCAGAAGCGUUGGUUUCCAAGGGCCUGGCAACAGUGAUCAAAAAUCGACAAGACGAUGACCAACGCUCCUGUCAGUGGGACAAGUUGAACGCAGCUCAGAACAAGGCGAUGAAGAGUCUGAGUGGCAUGCAUGGCAAGAAAGAAGAUUUCCCCGUUCACAGGGUGAAUGACCAUUCGGUUGACAGCGCGAGAGCCAAAGCAAUUCUGCCGCACAUCAAGCGUGGAAACGCCAGAAUAGAAGGCCUUGUCGAGUACGUUGCCAGCGGGUCGCGGCUAAGGCUGUUCUUGCCGAAAGACAGCUGCCUCAUCACGCUGCUGCUGGCCGGCGUCACUUGUCCCAGGGCGCCCCGGCAGACGCCCGGUGGCACCCCCGGCAUGAACGAGGACCCUUUCGGCCAGGAAGCGCUUGAUUUCACCAGAGAGAAGGUUCUGCAACGAGAGGUUGAGUUCUCCAUCGAAAGUUUGGACAAAGCGGGCAACUUCAUCGGCUGGCUGUGGUACGACAACAUCAACCUGUCGGUGGCGCUUGUUCAGGAGGGCCUGUGCAAAAUCCACCCCUUCUCUGCCGGCAAGUCGUUACAAGACUAUCAUGCACUCAUGGACGCCGAAAAACAUGCCAAGGACAACAGGCUCAAUAUUUGGAAGGACUACAAAGAAGAGGAAGAAACAGUGCAGCCACAAGAAGAAGAGGUGGAAAGGAAGGUGAACCAUCAAAAGGUGGUGGUGAUCGAGGUGGCUGACAAUUUGCGCAUCUAUGUGCAACAAGAAGAGCAGACCGCCAAGUUGGAAGCCAUGCUCGAAAAGAUGAGAAAAGAACUGCAGUUUGCACUCACUGGAGCCUACACACCGAAAAAAGGUGACCUGUGCGCGGCGAAAUUCAGAGGCGACCAGCAGUGGUACCGAGCCAAGGUGGAGAAGGUGGCGGGGGGCAAGGCGAAGGUGUUCUACGUGGACUACGGCAACCGCGACGAGGUGGACACCAAGGACUGUGCCACUCUGCCGUCAGGCUUCGACGUCGACAAGCCCUACGCACACGAGUACGCGCUCGCCUACGUCAAGCUGGUCAAUGAUAUCGAUUAUCAGGAGCAAACAUUGGACGCUUUGAGAGAGGACCUGCUGAACGGUGUAUUCUUGAUGAAUGUUGAAUACAAGAUCAGCGGAUUUCCUCACGUUACAUUGGUGGAUCCAACUACCCAGACGGAUAUGAUCAAGAGCCUUGUGGAGCAGGGCUAUCUUUUGAUUGAUAAGAGGAGAGAAAAGCGGCUGCAGCAAGUGGUUCAAGACUACAUUGCCGCGGAAGAGAAGGCUAGAAAAGCCCACAAGGUGAUCUGGGAGCACGGCGACAUCACAGAGGAUGACGACCGCGAGUUUGGAUUGCCGCGUAAAUAAUUGUCUGCUCUGCUCUGCUCUGAAUGUUGGCAUCUCACUCCCUCCCUUCUCCAUCACAUCACCAAGGACAGUUCAAUGGCAGAGCCAUUUUAUAGUAAUCGAGAUUGAACUCUCGUUAAAUGCUAUUUAUAUCUCUUCAAUUCCCCAACUCUAUCACCUUUCUCAUUCUACCAUCCAUCACAUAUAUGCCAAGUGCUAAGUGACAUUUGUGAAACCAAUCAUCAUCAUCGUUGUUGUUGUUAUUAUUAUAGAACAAAGUGAUUAGAAUAAUAUUUCAGUAUCUCAAAGCGAAAUUCCAAAACAAUAAAAUGUAGACUAAACUAUCAAUGAUAUUAUUUAUUUCCAGUGUAAUGUUUAAGAUUUAGAUACCUAGUAUCUAUAACAGAUGAUAUUGAUUAGAGCCAAUAUAUUUUGUACGGUAAUUUAUUCAAUCGUUUUUAACAAUUCGUUUUUAAAUGUGGUGCCGAUCAUUUUAGUUUAUAUCUGAAAUUUAUUUAUGUCCCUCAAUAUUGGAAAAUUUUGAAAUGUAUAAAAUUAUCAUUGUAAUCAUCAUGUUUCAACGACAAAUUGUUCACUAUAAUUACUUGCCGCUUGUAUUUUCUGAAAGGUUUAACCUUCGUGCUGCGAAUCUGAUAUUAUAUUAUUUUAUUUGUCUUUAUAAUCGUGUUUAUUAAAAGUAGCUGGAAGUUGAUAUUUGACUGUACUUUCUAUAUUGAAUAAAGAUUUCUGAACCAAGUUCAUGUAUGCUUAGCAUAUUUUUUAUAUCAUCGAUUAAUUCCAAUAGAAGAUAUAAUGGUAAUUUUCUAUAUUUGUUCCAAGUUAUUUACUUGUAUUUUUGAAGAGAAUGCGCAAGUAUAUAAUUAUAUGUUAUAUGCUCUGGACAUCGAUAUCCUAUUUGACCUGUUAUUUUGAGAUUACCACAUUUUCUAUUUAUUUGUUGUUGAUAUUCAUUUUAAAGUCAUAUUCAUCGAGAAAUAACUUAGAAUCGUUGUUUUAUUCAAUUAUUGUUUGUAUCAGUAAACUGCCUGGUAUUGUGGGGUGAGGAAAAAUCGAAUAAAAUAUUGUUGACUGACUUGAA